CGCAAGCGCAGUGCGAGGUUGCCGUGGCGGCUCUGGAAGGCUGGGCAGCAUGGCGAGCGGCGCGCCGCGCUCGGCCGAGUUCCCCCCCGGGGACGCGGCGCAGGCCCCGGAGCCGGCUCUGUUCCCGCCGGGGUUCAGCGUGUCCGAGAUCAAGAACAAGCAGCGGCGCCAUUUCAUGUUCCUGCGCUGGAAGACGCAGCGGCGNNAGGAGAAAUUGGCAAGUAAGAAAAAAAGGAAGAAGGAGAGAGAAGCCCUUGGAGAUAAGGCACCACCAAAGCCUGUACCGAAGACCAUUGAAAAUCAGAGAGUUUAUGAUGAAACAACUGUAGAUCCUAACGAUGAAGAGGUUGCUUUUGAUGAAGCUACCGAUGAGUUUGCCCCAUAUUUCAAUAGACAGGCAUUUCCCAAAAUUCUUAUCACAACAUCAGAUAGACCUCGUGGGAGAACAGUGAGAUUCUGUGAACAGCUGUCCACUGUCAUACCUAACUCUCACGUCUACUAUCGAAGAGGACUGGCUCUGAAAAGAAUUAUCCCACAGUGCAUCUCGAGAGAUUUCACAGAUCUGAUUGUUAUUAAUGAAGAUCGCAAAAUACCAAAUGGACUUGUUUUAAGUCAUUUGCCUGAUGGGCCAACUGCCCAUUUUAGAAUGAGCAGUGUUCGUCUGCGUAAAGAAAUAAAGCGAAAAGGGAAGGAGCCCACAGAACAUCAACCUGAAGUAAUCCUGAAUAACUUUACAACACGAUUGGGCCAUUCCAUUGGUCGCAUGUUUGCUUCUCUCUUCCCACAUGAUCCUCAGUUCAUUGGAAGACAAGUAGCUACAUUUCACAAUCAGCGAGACUAUAUCUUUUUUAGAUUUCACAGGUACAUCUUCAAGAGUGAAAAAAAAGUGGGGAUUCAAGAGCUUGGGCCACGAUUUACCUUAAAGCUGAGGUCUCUUCAAAAAGGAACCUUUGAUUCCAAAUUUGGAGAGUAUGAAUGGAUUCACAAGCGCCAUGAAAUGGACACAAAUAGAAGAAAAUUCCACUUAUAAUGAAAGUUAUCAUCUAGUUCUACCUGAUUGGAGUGCAGAAUUGUUUUUGAAUUCUUCUACAGCUAAAUUGAGUCUGAUGUUGGUCCUGUCAUCUCAAAUUCACUGUUAUUAAACAAUGUUGCUCAUCACUGAGCAAUGUUAUCUGUGCAGG